AUGAAUGAGCACAUCGAGAUGGGCAAAUUGACGAAUACUACGGAAGUGUUCCACGAAUUGCUGGCGUCGUUCCAUUCAGCUCAUUCAUUGAUAUUACAAGAGGGUGGGAUGUUAACGACAUUAUGCGUUGCGGUGGUGGCACCGGCAAUACAUUGCGACAGCUGGGUCCUGUGCGUAUGCAACGUUGGUGACUCGUUAUGUUUCGUCUACAAUCGAGAUUACGGUGUACGAGAGGUGACGAUGGGAAGUCACGAUAUCGACCAAAUGCGUGACAUGCGAGAUGCGGGGGGUGCACUUGGCCCGGUCGAUGGACGGAAUCCUCAGUUGCACAACUUGACAUGCAGCAUGACAUUUGUUGAAGAAGGCGACAUCGUGUUCAUCACGUCAGACGGUGUGUCGGACAAUUUCGACCCAGUGGUGGGAAAGUUUUGUGUGAUAAAGCGAGCCGAAGUGGAGAACAAGGAAAAUGCCGCCCAACUGCCACCACGAGACAAUAGAAAACUGUCAGUGGCGACAAAGGAUUCCCCUUCAAGGGAAUUUGCACGACCACGUACAUGCGCCGCCACGUUGCCGUGUGUGGAUGCUGCAAGUCGUCACGAGCUCAUGCUAGUUCGAAUGAGGGACAUUAUUGCGAAUGGGAUCGACCCACCAAAAGGGAUGUGCCGCCUGUCGCCGCGUCAUGAACCGUUGUUUCCUCGUGUUACAGCUUCUGUUCUGUCACACCGUCUCAUCCAGUUUGCUACACAUCUCAGCCAGUCAGUUACUGCACGCUUUCCUGGGUCAUUCUUGAGUUAUAGAAUUCCAGCUUCAAUAGUGUUUUUGUUUAGAGCGAAACGUCGUACGCUGGAAAACCCAGAGCUCUACAAGAAGGAGAAGAUGACCAAGUCAGAGCAACGAGCCAGGCGAAAAGCAGUAAGAGAGAAAAUUGCCGAUAUGCCGGGCAAGUUGGAUCAUGCAAGUGUUGUGGCGUACUCUGUAGGAAGACACGAUGAUCUAAAUGUCGGAUCCCCCACUCCUAGGGCUGGAGAUGCAGAUGGUGUGGAAAAUGGUGUAGAUGAGCACGAUGAUGUUGAGCUAUCGUACGAGAAUCGACUCGUCAGUGUGCAUAUGGAGAAUUUCGGCCGAAUGGACAAAGCCUCGGUGUUGGUGAGAUGA